AGUGGGAAUGCGGCAGAUUGUGUUGUCAGAACCGAACAGAAACAAUCAGCCUCUCGCUGGAAGUGGCUUUGGUUUGGGUUCGGGAAGCAGCGUUUUCCUGCCCUUGUCAAAAUCGCUCGCUGCCUGCAUACAUUGAGCAGCGGUGCAAUUUUCCUCUUGCCGAUAUCUCUUGGAGGGGUUUCGGGAUCUGAAAUCCAAUUGCACCUUGUGGCCGAACCGCACGCCAGAGACGCUGCCUUCUUUGCGCAGGUCCCUGUCUUAGAGGAUGGUGAAUUGAUUGUUUGAUUCUCUCCAAGUUUGUAGAAUAAAUGAUAGAAGAUACAAUGACUCUGUUGUCUCUUUUAGGCCGCAUCAUGCGCUAUUUUCUUCUGAGGCCGGAAACUUUGUUUCUAUUGUGUAUCAGUUUGGCUCUUUGGAGUUAUUUCUUUCACACAGACGAAGUGAAGACCAUAGUGAAAUCGAGCCAAAAUGCGGUGAAAAUGAUGAAAGGGAAAGUGGUGGAAAUCAUUCAGAAUGAUCGGUUCGGGGGGCUGGAUGUCCUGGAUGCCGAGUUCUCCAAAACCUGGGAGUACAAGAGCAACAAUGUGGCUGUUUAUUCCAUCCAAGGCAGGAGAGAUCACAUGGAAGACCGAUUCGAAGUCCUCACUGACCUGGUGAACAAAAGUCACCCUUCCAUUUUCGGGAUUUUUGACGGGCACGGGGGAGAGUCUGCUGCAGAGUAUGUGAAGGCACACUUGCCUGAGGCCUUGAAACAACAUCUUCAAGAUUAUGAGAAAGAUAAAGAAAAUAGUGUGUUAUCACAUCAGACAAUCUUGGAACAGCAGAUUCUUGCAAUAGACCGUAAAGUGCUUGAAAAACUCUCAGCUGCGUAUGAUGAGGCAGGCACAACAUGUCUGAUUGCACUGUUGUCGGACAAAGAGCUAACUGUUGCAAAUGUUGGAGAUUCUCGUGGUGUACUGUGUGACAAAGAGGGGAACGCUGUUCCCCUUUCACAUGACCACAAGCCUUAUCAGCUGAAGGAAAGAAAACGGAUAAAACGAGCAGGUGGUUUCAUAAGUUUCAAUGGUUCAUGGAGGGUCCAAGGAAUUUUGGCAAUGUCUCGUUCUCUAGGAGAUUACCCUCUUAAAAACCUCAAAGUCGUCAUCUCUGACCCUGAUAUCCUGUCUUUUGACUUGGAUAAACUACAACCACAGUUCAUGAUAUUGGCCUCAGAUGGUCUCUGGGAUGCUUUCAGCAAUGAAGAAGCUGUAAGAUUCAUCAAAGAUCGUCUUGACGAGCCACACUUUGGUGCAAAGAGCAUUGUUCUGCAGUCUUUCUACAGAGGAUGUCCUGAUAACAUAACUGUAAUGGUGGUAAAAUUCAGAAACAACAGUAAGACAGAAGACCAGUGAAUGACAUUGAGCACGAGGGCAAGGUUCUUCAAGUAAUACUGUGCAAAUGUUCGCAAUGUGUGUGAUAAUAAUAGUAAAGGUCAUGAUAUUUACAUCCGAAUGGUCAGUGCUAGACGGCCUGUAGAAUUGGACAAACCAAGUAGCUGCACAUUCAUUUUAACGGGCUGAGGUCAAAAUAUCAUCCUUUUUAUCUAUAAUCAUUUUCAAAUCUCUUCUAAUAUUUCUAUUAUAUAUAAUACAAUGCACAGUGCAAAUCUUAUGCUACAAUGCUAAACUAAUUGUGAUCAACAAUUUUAUAAAGAAUAGCCAAUUUAAGCAAUAAAGCAAAAACUAAUUAACAUUCAGGAUCCCUGUUGCUGAUUCAGUGGUUUCCAUAACCAGUAGAACAGCUACUGAGAAGAUAUUCAUUGAGUAACUGUGGAUAAAAAAAAAUAGAUUUAACUAACCCUGACAAAAGAAGAAUUCUUUUAAUAUACUGUUUGAAAAGGAAAAGGAAAAUAAAUGUGUUUGCAUAAUUUACAGCAUAAAUUCUUAGGCACAUAGCAUAUGAACAGUUGACGUAACAAAAACAUAGUUAUUUGGAGUAGCUCCUCUUUAUAGUUCACUCUUAGCAUAGAGACCAUGAGUUACUGAAUCAUUUCUUUGAAUAGGAUGAUAGGGUGGUGUAACUCAAGAACUUCUCUCUGGUCUCCCUCAUUGCUGCUUUGUGAUUAGCUGACAAUGGUCAACAACUUCUGGGUAAAAAAUCGUCUGAAUACAUGCUGCCAACCAGAUCUUACCUUCACAGUCACCAAAUUCAAGCUGUGUUCUAGGGUCUACAGUAAUGAUUUUCAAUUAACAGAACGUAAUAUCAUGGAAGAUGUAAAAUUUGCAGCCGAUUUGACAUUUCCCCUUUAGCACUUUUGCUCAAAGCCAACAUUACCCCCAUGUGAUCUGCCUAUAUUUACACUAUAAAUAUUUGAAGUGGCUUUCUCAGAUAUUAGUGAAUUAUGCAUGAUCAGUCGUACCACCCGCACAUUUUAAACUAAAGAUCUCUUUUUCUUAGUAAGACUCACAGAUCAUUGUCAGUCAAUCACAACUCUACUUUUGAUUGGCAUGUUUGCCAGAGUGGCAAGUUUUGGACGAGUCUUUUCAUGAUGGCAAUGCUAACAAUUUGUUCUGAAUAGUAGGACGAAGCAAGUCAUCAAUCAGAUCCUAUCCAAUUUCUCUUACCUAUAUGUAGGACUUAGACUAUGAAGAUCUCCGCAUUGUGCUAAUCGGUUCUUGUAUCAUUAUUCUCUGCUGAGAGCCAAAUUUGUUGUAUGCAGAUGGUGCAUUCCACUUCACAAGCUAGAUAUAACUGGUUAAAAAGUCAGUGAAAAGUUAGGCUAGGAUUCAAAUUUGCAUCCCUCUUUACUGUUAGGGCAGAGGGGUUCCUUUUAUAUGAUCAAGAAAUUUGGUUUCAUAGUAAUAUCUACGCAGUCAGUGGUGUGACAAAGUAUUUACUCAGCAACUUCAGAGUAAAUUCCCCAUAAAUGAUUUAUAUUUUUUCAUGUAACAAAUACUGUGCUGAAAAAUCUACCUAACGGACAUUGAACAAAUAUCAAACUUGGCAUGUUGAUUUAAUAACUAAGAAAAAAAUCAAAAUAAACAAUGUAAUAUUUAAAUACAACAAGAAUCGCAAUUUUUAAACGCUUUCAUAUAUCGUCUACUGAUCAUUAUGUCAGAGUCAUAUACUUUAACUAAAGAAACAAACAAAGAUAAAUCUUGACCUGAGGUGUCUCAUCCAGUGGUAAUUAUGAUACAGUACAGAUUUAUAAAACAAGUAUUAAGCAUUAGAAUUAGGUUUAUUGUCAUGUGUUCUCAAGUACAGGAGUGUAGUGAAAAGUGUACAAAGUCGCCAUUCCUGGCGCCAUCUUAGGUACAAAGGUAUCUAGGUACAAAAUCUUAGGUGCAACAAAAUUAUACUGAUUAUUAACAAAGAAAUUAUUCAGUUUUCUGCUACCUCAAAAGAAUAUGAACUAUCUUAUUAAAGUUAUAUGGUGUCACAUUUUGAGUAGCUUAGAUAUGUGGGUUGAAAUUGUAAAUGUAAGGAAGGAAGGGAAUCAUUAAUCAAGUAUCUUCUGAGUGCUCAAUGUCUUGCACCUUACAGUAAAUACAUGAUACACGUGCUAUUAAAUUACAAAGUAAAGUCUCUAUCCAGUCAGCUCAGUUUUGCUAUUAAAAGAAUAAUUCAAGAUAAACAGAAGUGAUGUAUUGCUAAAACCAGUUGAAUGAACUCGGAAUCAGAACGCUGUUAACUAUCCAUAGCAACAAUUUCAAGGGUUAUUAAGAUUUUGUUUAGAAUUCAUCAAUGAAAUAGCUUUACUAAGAAAAAUAGUAAUAAUAGGGCUAUGUUUUCUUUCACCUCUUAAAUUUUAGGUAAAAAGUGUGAGUAUGAUCAGUUGCUUAAUGUCUCAAUUAUAUUUUUAUUAAAAUUAGUGAAUUGGGAGAAAAUCUUAAUACUGACUGACCCAUUUCAAAAUGCAAAGUAAAUAUACACAGUCAUUGUUAAAUUUACAUCAAAACAGACAUAAUAUUCGUAUCAUGUAGCAGCUUCUAGUAUGUAUAAAAUUUGAAAGACCCACCUUAAGUGGAUGUAUGAUGACUGAACUUGUCCAGCUUUGGCCGCAAACUUGUUCAGUAAGCUUAACAAAAAUAACUUAUAAGAUUGUACAAUGAAGCAAUAGAUUGCUCUUGGUGCACUAUUCCUAAAAAUGUUGGUUGAAUUAGUUCUAAUUGUACAACUGGUUUUUAACAAUUCCCAAAGUAAUCACUUUUACAUCUAUUCAUAGGAGUGUAGGAGAAUGUAGGAGAAUUCUAACAUGCAAUAUUGGAAGUCUUCUAAAAGUAUGAAGUAUUGUUAUUUAAGAAAAUUUUGGGAAUUCCUUUGCUAAUGAACAGGGAUGAAAAAGCAGAUAUGCACAAAAAGUAACAGUUGAUUAAUUAUCCAUGAUCUCAGCAUUCCCACCCAUCUGAAAUGCUUUCAAAUGUGGAGAAAAAUUCUAGAUGAACUUGUUAAGGGCUCAUAAAGGUAAUGAGCAAUAUUAUCCAGCUACAAUGUUUAUUUCAAAGAUGAUUAUUUUACAAAUGAUAGGUCUGAUGUGAGUAAGGAUAAUGAAUGAGGAAAUGUCAGGGAAUUUCUGAAGCAUCAUUUCAAGUGGAUAAGAAUCUCCAUUUGUCCUUGCUUAAAGUUUGAGACAAUUUCUGAAAUUUUGGGGAGGGUAUGAUGUGGUAAAGGCAGUGGAUACUUCAAAGGCUAUGGGGCCUGACAACAUUUCAAUCUAGUACAUAAGACUGCUGCAGACAUAUCUGCACCCCUAAGCAAGCUAUUCCGAAUUAGCUACAACACUGGCAUUUACUUGAAGCUGGAAAAUUGCCCAGAUAUGUCCCCUGCACAAAAAGCAGGAAAAUAAUCAACCCAGUAAAUUACUGCCCUCUCAGAAUAUGCAUAAGCAUUAGUAAAUUGAUGACAGGUGUUCAACAACAUUCAGUUUGGGUUUUAUCAAAUUACUCACUUCCUAUCCACAAUACAGCAAUGGUCCAAAAAUGAACAAGAAUUAAACUCAAGGAGACAGGUGAGAGUGAGCAUCAAGGAGUUCUCAGAAAACUACAGUCAUUGGGAAUCAGGAGAAAAGCCUUCCACUGGUUGUAAUCAAAUCUAUAACAAGGGAAGAUGGUUGUGGUUGUUGGCAGUCAAUCACUUCAGUCCCAGAACAUUGCUGAAAGAAUUCCUCAGGGUGGUCUCUAGGCCCAACUAUCUUCAGCUGUUUUAUCAGUGACCUUGCCUCCAUCAUAAACUCAGAAAUGGGGAUGUUCACUGAUGAUUGAACAAUAUUAAGUACUAUUCUCAACUCCUCAGAUACUGCAGCCCUCUGUGUCUAUAUGCAGCAAGACCUGGACUGAUAAGUGGUAAGUAAUGUAGAUGUCACACAACUGUCAGACAAUGACCAUCUCCAACAAAAACAAAUCUAACCAUCUCCCUUUGACAUUUCGAGACAUUGCCAUUGCUGAAUCCUCCUUUAUCAACAUCUUGUGAAUUACCAUUGACAAGAAACUGAACAGGAUAAGCUACGUAAAUUCUGUGUCUACAAGAACUGAUCGGAGGGAAUUUUGCAGGAAGUAACUCACCUGCUAAUUUUUCCCCAAAGCUUGGCCACCACCACAAAGCAUAGAUUAAGGAUGUGAUGAAAUUCUCUCCACUUGCCUGGAGAGUGCAACUCCAAUAACACCUGAGAAGAUAGUUCACGAUUUGUACUAAUUACCCAAGGCAAUCUUUCACAGCUACAUCUUUUGGUAAAGAAGCAAAAACUGAGGAAAGUCAGGUUCAAUUGAGAGAUUAUGACUGAUGUCUGAUCAGGGUGGUUAUGAGACAGUGGAAACUUCUCCCCAGUGCCAGUCACUAAUCUCCAAGUAAUUUGAAGCCAAAAUAACUGCAAGUUACACCUUGAAGCUCAAAGCCUCUAUAGCAACAGUACAGCUUUUGACAAUUAUCCUUCUGUGUGAAAAACUUGUAAACAUCUGAUAUUGCCAUCUGGGUAUUGGAUAUCCUGCUUCCACUAUCAAACACCAUCCUAGUGUUAUUCAGAAGGAGAUCAAUGGCAAUUCAAUGGGCCCAAUUUUAACACAGUGAAUGGGUGGGUUUUGACGGAGUUAAAUUUUUGCCCAUUUGCUUUUACUGCUAUUGCCACCACUUGAAAGCAAACCUACUUCAAUUCAGCAGGAACAUGCAAUAUGCUACGUCUGAAUCAGUUGGCUUGUCAAUAUCAUUGUUACCACUUCUUUACUGGAUGUUGGCUUUGCACAUCCUCAUUAGAGUCACAUUAUCUGAAUUGUAUCUAUUUGCACGACUCCCUACUUUAAGUAUCUUUUGUGUCUGUUGGUACACAUGUAUGUGAUGGUUCUUUGGUGUGAUUAAUGGCUGAGUAAAAUCUCCUCUCUCUGUGAAAAUAGCAGAUGGUAAAUAAUUGGUAUGUAACCAAUUUCAUCAUUUGCACAGUGCAUUGUAUUUAAAUUAUUACAUGCUAAAACACAGUGUUUAUACUCUGUUUUAAAAAGUAUCACAUGGCACAUACAGAAUCUUAUUAGGGUAUGUAUGCGUUUAUUUUUACAUUUCAACCUUCACAGACUCAAACCUUUCCACAAUUUCGAAGAGCAUACUCCAUCAGAUACACUAUCCAGUUUCCUUCUGAAUAAUAUGUACUGAGCACCUUAUUCUUUAGAACUAGAUUCACUCAGAGCUUGUCACAGAAGCAUAGCGAUUUGUCUUCACCUAUGCAUCAUAAGCAUUACCAGGGCAGAGUGCAGGAAGAAAAUCAGGCAGGGAGGAUUGCACACACAUAACAGAGACUGCCUAAUUCUUUGUAAAACUGGUGUCUGCUUUCAUGGACAUGUGUUCCACUCCACCUACAUUAUCUUUCUAAGCACCACCCAGAUAAUGCAUAGGCAGUAAAAAUCCAAGAUUUCCCCUAUACUUUUUCAAAGUGCUCUCCAGCCAACAGAGGAUAAAUAAGUAUCAAUUCAAAUUGUAUACCACAUAUCUCUAUGAUAGGAUGGGAUUUAGGCUUCGCAUAUACUUAUCCCAUAUUAUGUCUUUUAACAUAAAGAACAUGUGAAUAGGACAGAUUCAAAACAGUAAAAAUAGGUUAUUUUCUUUGUUUAUUGCCACUGUGAGAUGGGAUGCCAGCAUGCCAAUUUUAAAAACUUCUGUCUUAACUCAAAGCACUCUGAUUUGUAACGUCAUACGUUCAUUGGAUUUGGGGAUGGAAAUACUGCAUGACAAAGAGAAUACAUUUAAUGUCAAGGGUGCAUUGGUCAGUGCAUUUUCAUGGCUGAAAAUAUAAUAUCCAAAGCCCAGAAGCUUCUGAACAGAAGAACAGUUGGGUCUUCCUAUAUUUUUAUCAACUUGUUUUAAUUUUGUUUAUAUUGUUGCCUUAUUUUGAAUCCUAUUUUAUUUAUUGUUUAAAAAGUACUUUUGUUUAAUGAAUCUGAACAUGGAGUCUAAGAUAAAUAUGGUUAAAAUGUACAAUAAUUUCUUGUUUUAGGUUCUGAAGACCUGCAUGGCUCUAUAUUUGUCUCUAGGAGACAGUACAGACUGCAAGUAAUGAAUCUAACGCGGUAUUUUGGAUGUAAAUAAACCAUAUUGUCUUAGUUUCGUACUGGGCAACAAAGUGUCAUCUUUUGUAUGCUUAAAUUGUACAGUACAUGAUUCCAGGACAUGAAUUACAUUACAAAAGUUAGUGGCUAGAUAGAACUGGUGAAAUGAUUAUGUAUAAAUACUAACUAUAUGUAAAACACUGUGAUGAUGAACAUCAGAAAGUGUCAAACUACUGAAAAUGUGGGCAAGAGUUGUGUUGUGCAAACAAUAAAAUAAAAAUAUGGAUUUCUAA